GAGGUGUAAGCGCUCGGUCUGUCACAACAAGAGGAGUUAUUUCGUCAAGAUGGGUAGAGUUGCCGGACUCUUCAAGUCAGCAUCGUUUCUGAUCAAGUUGAUGGAACUGGUUAUAUCGGUUGUCAGCGUAGGGCUGUUGGCAGGACUGGGUGGAAUCGCUACUGACAACCAUAAGUUGGCACUCGUGUACGGAACAGUCAUUGGAUUCAUUAUGGUCUCUGUCGUUACCAUUUGUGCAAACGUUAUCGACAACGGUUUGCAUCGGACGCUGAUAAUGAUGAUCAGCCUGCCUGCAGCAUUCCUCUUCUUCGCUUCCGGAGCCAUAAUGAUCCAGUCUUGGGCCACAGUCUCAGGAGUGUCUUACCGCGUGCUUGUCUCUGGCAUCAUAGCCUUCUCCAACGGCAUCGUCUACCUCGUCGAUUCGGCGCUUGCGUACUUCAGAUAUGGCUAACAUUUGUCGGCAAUUACGACUACCGAUGAGCCCACAGUGGAGGUGCCUUGCGAAACAUUGCUUGAAGGUGGUGAUGGACCAGGUGAAGACAAUGCCCAGAAGAGGUACACGAGAGAGCGCAUGCACUGAUCCACGGACCGGGUCAAUAGGUUGUAGUUUGGGAAAUUUCAGGCCAAGAGCUUUAGAACUGGAUGUGAAGGUAGUUUUAUCUUGCCACUCAGGACAGCGUUCAAGAGACCACGAAGUUUAAGGAUCUCUUUUUGUGAGACACAGUGUCCUGCACAGGUGUGGAUAGAACUUACAUGGGCUCAAAAGAUCUGGUUCCCGUGAGAUUAAGUAUGCGACGAAUUCUACUUACUGGCAAACUGGGACAUUAAUUUAUUGAUUUGUAACAUGUCUUGAAUCUAACAGUUUUAAGAAUAAUCUACCACGCUAGAUCUGAGUCACUUAUGGCCGUUAAGUCUGGCAAAUGGUAGCCAACGUUUCUCAAGGGCGCGGGAUGUAAUACCGUGUAGUCUGGUAGAUAGUUACCAAAAUUUCGGAAGAACACGCUGCCUUCAUUUUAAGAAUAUAGAGGCUAUAUGUCCCUCUUAAAUGUUGAUAAUCAUCUACAAGACUACACGGUGUCACAUUCUAGAAUAUUCCAAUUUCAGAAUUUUCUUUAGCUGUCAUUCCUACUUGUGUUUGCGGGACAGAUAUCUCUGUCAGUAAAGUGAGAGGAUUACAUGUUGGUCUACUGAGGUUCGACUCUCGGUGAAGGCAUUUUUGCAGUCAUGUCCAGGGCGUAAUCAGCUUCGUAUGCCAGUGGUACCUUAUGUCCUUUCUCCAAGAGUAAUGCGUCGGGAUUCUGCGCUGAAGUUUAAUAUGUGUGAGACUGUACUCCGUUGCCCCCCAUACACACAUAUACACGCUCAUACAAGUAAUUCAAGUAAAGAGAAACGAGGUGUUAUAACCCAGAAAAUUAAAUUGUUAUUGCAAAUAUUUUCACUAGAAUGUCCUGCGAAAACAAAAGUACUAACUGGUCUGCAAUGUUCACUUUUAUUGAACACUGUAAGUGAUAAUAACAAGGAAUAAGAUAUGACUUAACGGUAGAAUAUGUAAAGUUGUCCCUGUGCUUAAUUCGGCACCAAGUCGGUAAGAUGUUUCUAAGAACGGAGGUAUAGCUCCAAGCAUUCCCGAUCUCGGCACUACGUGGAGAUGAAAGAUCAGCUUCACGCCCCAGUACCUUAGACCCAAAGAAGGAAUCCCGUCAACCCAAGAGCCAGUCUCAGGGAAGUCUCUUGUCCCUGCCCGGAAUCGAACACAAGAGUUCUGACCGCCCAACAAGCAGCUCGAGUCGCAUGGACCGAGCUUUCGCGGCUUCUUCACUUAACAGUAAGCUUCAUUAAACAUGCUUUUAACUUGUCUUAUUUUACCGACAAAAUGUGAUGAUUUGCACAUGCAAGUUACACAGAGAAACAGGAGCCAUAGAAGUCUCAUCGAUACUAGCAAAAAGUUAUUACUCGUAGAAUGACGAAACCAAGGAGAAUGAGAUGGGCAGGGCGUAUAACAUGCAUGGGAGAGUAGAGGUGUGCAUACAAGUUUUGUUACGAAAACGUGAAGGAAAGAGGUCAGUAGGAAGAUCUAAAAAUAGAUGAGAGAAAAAUGAAUUUCAAAGAAAUAGGAUGAUGGCAUGGAAUGGGUUGAUCUGGCUCAGGAUAGAGAGUAGUGAUGGGCUCUUGUGAAUACGGAAAUGAACCUUCGGAUUCCAUAAAAAGCUGCUAAUUUAUUUGAACGGCUGGACAACUGAUGGCUUCUCAGAAAGGAUCCAGCUCCAUGGAAUUAGUUAGUCAGUCGGUCUUACAAAAUGAACCAUGUCAAGACGUGACGGAAGCAAUAAUGGUUUCCGGAAGUUCCGGUCCCAUUCUCAGGCUGCAAGAGAACGAGAGACCCCAGGUGCGAGUUUGGCUGAAGAGCCGGAUAUGACGUGAUGGCUAGGACAUGCGUGUGCUGAUGCGACUAGACGGAAUAAUUCUGCAUCACGCGUCCGUGACGGCUAUUACGAAACUUCAAGCUCCAGACAGAAUUUCACGGAGCAAAUUAAUAUAGCGGACAAGGACCCGUGUUUUUAUUUGGAAGAGCUCGGUUCAAAUCUCGGCCGUGACACUGU